AUGGCCACCAUAUGCUUCAAAGUGUACCUGCAGGUUUCGUUUAUUAAAAAACAGACAAGAGAUAUUAUUUACAACUACCAAGACGAUGUCAGUGACAACAGCACGUAUACGGACUACGUAGCAGCAAGAAUCAAAGAUAAGAUGCAAACCAUGCAACAGAUACUCAAAAUAAAAUCUCAAAUUAAAGACAUAAACUUGGCGCAGACUGUACACAACACACGCCUAGGACACUUUAAAAGUAAUUUAGAUUCACAUAUUAUAGUCGUACUCGUCCAUUCGGAUACUUACUAUUUCAGUCAGCUUUUACUGUCCCUGAAGACCGCAAUCGGGAUCAAAGAUACUUUCAUAAUAUUCUCGCACGAUUACUUCAGUGAGAGCAUAAACGCCCUCAUACGUGAUAUUAAAUUUGCUAAAUACAUACAAAUUUUCUUUCCAUACUCCAUACAGUUGCAUCCCAAUGUAUAUCCUGGGACAGAUGGUCAACACUGCUCCGAGGGUUACGUUUGCAAAAAGUCAAAAGCUAGAGACCCUGAAGCGGCUCAAUCGAAACAACACUGGUGGUGGACUGUCAACCAAGUGUUCGAUAACUUGAACGUUACGAGGUCUAUUAAGCAGUUCACUGUUCUAUUUCUGGAAGAUGGCGACUUUGUUACUCCAGAUAUUUUCUACGUCUUUAAAUUGUUGAAAAAGGUAAGACUUUCGCAUUUUUCGUUCUGCGAAGUGAUAAAUUUAGGAGCGUAUGACCUUGACUUAUCAAGCUACACGAAGAAGACUUUGGUAUCAGUAGAAAUUUGGACCGGCAGAUCAUACAGAUCGGGUAUUGCAUUUGAUAGACAGACUUGGAAUUCCUUGAAGUCCAACAGCGAGGAGUUUUGUAACCACAAUGACUAUAACUGGGACAGUUCGCUCAGACAUGUUGGCUUUAAAAAGUGGGAUGGCAAUGUAUACAUGAUAGCUAUUCCUGGUACUAGAGUGAUUCAUAUCGAUAAAUGUGGCCGCACAAAUGGUGAUGAUGGGUGUCAAGAGGAACUUAAAGUUAAAGAAGUGAAAAAGUUCAUACGGUCUGUAAGAAAAGGAAUGUUUCCUAGAAGUUACGUGAUGGUGGCGAAUAAAGUAGAGGAUUUUGAUAGAACUGCUGCAGGGUUUUGGGAAGAUGUGAGAGAUAAAGAACUGUGUAUGUAUUUCACUACACACAGCGUGUGGUAUUAG